AUGUCGGUGGAGCAGGUCAUGUCUCUGAAUGCCAGUAUAUACAACAGGACACGGAAGCAAAUGAUGAACCUUGGUCCAGGGCAACACCAGCUUCAGAAAUACCAACCUCUGCUCCAAGAGCAGCUCAAAAUCAGCACUGCAGUCAGUGAUCCAAAUGCCCAAGGCCAGCAGAAUGAGUCCCUUGCCUUGUUCUGGUCUCUCGACAUCAAUCUAUUGGGACCAAGUGAGUUGUGGAAUGACGAAUCCAAUGUGAAGUUUACUGAGUUCAUUGGCUUCAGGCGAAGGCGAUGGCUGCAUCAUGCAUCUGAGCAUGCAUAG